AUGAGCGAUAGCGAAACCGAUUCCGAUCUUUACACAUCGAGGGAGGACAUGCCGCAGAGGACUUCCUCCGCCCCGCCCAUCCUGGAGGUGCAGGAGCAGUCCCUGUUCGCCAUGGGCAACAACUAUGCCCGCCUGUUUGCUGGCGCGGCAGACAUUCGUGCCGAUGACGAUUACAUCCACUUCUACAACUCGCAUCCCGACCCCAGCAAACUUCCGCCCCCUAUCGAGAGGCAGGUCUUCGAUUCGAUU